UCGAGCCUGGCCCUCCCUGGUCCUGCCCCGCCCCGCAAUCCAACCGACCUAGCGCUCGCUCUUUCAGCCGCGUCGCCGCAGCCGUGAUGGUCGGACUCCGCGAGAAACUGAGGAGGUGGCAUGAUUCCGAGGACGACGGCGGGGCUGGUGCCCUCGCGGGCCACUCGACGCCCGAGUUCACCUUCAUCCGCACCGACACCCACACUGCCGAGGUGAUCCAUCCUCCAAGCGCCGACGGCCACCUGGAUGCCGGCAGCCACUUCCUGUCGGCCGAGCCCAGGUCCGAUUCCAGGCCGCGCCGCAGCCUCGACGUCUUCCGGAGCAGCCGGAGCCGGAGCGCCUCGGUGUCGAGCAACCACAGCUCCGGCCACAAGCGCCUCUCGGAACGCCUGCACCUGAGCCGCAGCCCCCCCAGCUCCGAGAACGUGCCCCAGGACCUGCCAGAGAUUGUCGUGCCCGAGGGCGGCGAGGAGGACAAGGAUGGCACCGAGUCGCAGUGGGAGAAGCGCGCCACCAUCCUGGCCCGCGAGAACGAGAAGCACCGGAGCCGCCCGGGCACCCCCGUCCACGGCUCGUCUCCGCCCGCGCUUUCCGGGCUGCGGUUGGACGGCCGGGCCAGCGAGGACUUGGCGCCCCCGCUAGGCAAGGCUGUGUCCUCCAAGGAGAUCGACGCAGACAUUCAAGAGGCCAUCAGGCUGCAUGAGGAGGGGCGUCUGGAGGAGUCCACCGCGAUCUUUGGCCGGUUGGCCGACCCCAAGGGCGCCAACAACCCGCUGAGCCAGGUCCUGUAUGGUCUCGCUCUGAGGCACGGUUGGGGCUGCAAGCCCGACACGGCUGCGGCCGUGAGCUACCUCUCGGCGGCGGCGUCCAAUGCCGCCGACAUCGAGCAGCUUGCCCUGCAGGCGGGGCUCAAGAAAGGAGGUGCGGCUAAGGGCGAGCUGGUUCUGGCCAUCUUCGAAUUGGCCAAUUGCUUCCGCCACGGAUGGGGCAUUCCCAAGGAUCCAGUUGCGGCCAAGCAGGUGGGUUGCCUGUCUUGCUCUACUGGCGACGGAGAGCGGUGGUCGUGCGUGGAGGGGAUAUUGUGGUCCGUUGCGCUGACGGGGAAACCGCAGUACUACGAGACAGCCGCCAAUCUUGGAGACACCGAUGCCAUGAACGAGGUAGCGUGGUGCUAUCUGGAAGGAUUCGGCACGAAGAAAGACAAGUACGCAGCCGCCAAGUACUACCGUCUGGCAGAGAAGAACGGGAACAAAAUCCUUGGCAACUCUUGGUAAGCCUGCCUCUUUCCUUACCAUUCGUUUCCUUUCUCCACGCCUCGGUCUCAGACACCACCCCCGCGAAGGGGUAAACCCCUUCCCAAACUGUCGG